AGGAGCGUCUCAAGGAUUUUGUCUACCGAUGGCUUAUAAUCGAUCGCAUCCUUUUUGGCGUGAACGAGCGCAAUAUACUCUUGAUAGUGAAUACCGAAAUGCUUAUCAGACUCAUCCUAAAUCAGCAAUGCAUACUGGUGGACGUUAUUCAUUUAGUUGUCGAGUGCCAGCUGACGCCAUUGUUCCUCAAACAUUACGUGUGUGGAAGGACAGAUCUUUAAGAUCAAUAUAUGGACAUGAAAUUAGUCAGAAGACUCCAUCAGAACUCUAUAUGAAAGAAUUCGUAGAUUCUCUUAAUGGACCUAUGAAUUAA